AUGAGGGUCAGCAUUAUAGCGCCCAUUCUGGCUACCAUCCAGCUCUGCAGUGCAGGCUGGCCGUGUUGUCUCAAGGGUACUGAUGAUAACCGCGACGGAGAAGGAUACACCCUCUUGACUCACACGGAUGGUUGUGAUGUCACCUAUGGCACAUGUGUAGAUGAGAAUGCAUCAAUCUGCCCUUCUGAAGGUGGUGAGGCCCAAGCUCCUAUAGAUUUGGAGGUCCUUGACAUUUCUAGACCUGACCCGCAAAUUUUCCAUUCCUUUGACUAUUACUACGACGAUGUUGAGGCGAGGCUAAUUGUGCCUCAAAGGAGGCUAUGUAUCGCUAAAAUAAUGAACGGAAGUGAGCCGGUAUGGAUGUCCUCUUUUCGCAAAACUACCGAGUACAUUAAAGUAUACCUAAGGAAUGGAGCACCGGAGCUUGUCAACACUGUAGUAUCUGUCAUUCCCACGCUACACAACACCUAUUUUGAACUUAACGACGGCAAGUGGACCCACUCUUUGGAGACUCACCUCGACAAGUUUAAAACAUUAAAGGUGAUUCCGGCAUCUUUUCACAGCUUCUCCCUCAACAUUUCUGUGAUCAAGGAUACUGAACACUGCACAAGUUUUGAAGUUGUCAUUCUAGGGACUUCCACUCGCUACUUUUUCCCAAAGUAUAGUCACUAUGCCGUCAGAGUCCAAGAUGGAGAAAAGGCUCUUUGGACGAGUGACGGCCACUCAAAAUGCAUAUCAUGCACUAUAUUCACCUAUCCAAGUGGUAAGCAACAAUUGGUCAUUGAGUUGGUCGGCAUAAAGGGCUCAGAUUUCAGGUACUUUGAUAGAGCGGGCAGACGAUGGAAAAAAGUCACUAGAAAAGCUUUCAUAAAGAACAAGAAAAAGGAAAUGGGUAACUCAAAAUGA